UUUUUUUAUUCUUGAACUAUUUUUAUUCCUCUUUUUUUUUUCUCUUCCUCUUUUCUUUUCUUUUCUUUUUUUCCUUUUUCCUUUUUCCUUUUUUAUUAUUCUUCUAUUAGAUUAAAACAUAAUAGUAUAGAUUAAUAAUUAAUCAUGGGACUUGUUGAUACUCUUAAAAGAAGAUAUGAUUUAAGACAAGUAGAUAAGUAUACCAAACGAAGAAUGUCUCAAUCUCAAUUUGAAUCGCGAGAUCGUGAUUAUUACAACUCUGUAUAUAUCGAUGGUUAUUAUCUUCAAGAAAAGGAUAUGAAUCGUCAUAACAGCAAAGAUAAACAGAAUCAUCCUUUUGGUUUAUCCUCUUCUUCCAUUCAUCGACUCGAUCGUUGGUCUCUACCAUCUUUCUUACGACGUCCAUCUCAACAACAAUCCUUAGCCACUCAACAAACCAAAACCUCGGAAAGUUAUACAAUGACUGAAUGAUAUCACUGAAGACGUUGGGAUCACUUUUUUUUUUUUUAUGUAUCAGUGGCAAGUACAGAAGGCCCGAUUGUAUUUGUAGGUUAUGACUAAAUAAUAAAAAGAAGGAUAAAAAGAAUGAUAAAAGGAUGAUAAAAGGAUGAUGAUGUAGUUUAGAAUAAUUCAGUUUAUAGUAUUCAUAUUACUUUUUUUUUUUUUUUGAUAAAGAACAUAUCUUUUUUAUUUUAUUUUAAAUCAUGUUUAAUUUU